ACGAGCCAGCAGCAUCCCUGGCUCCCCGAAGGUGUUCAGUGUUUGCCAGCCCUGGUCAGGUCUUGUUCACCAAAAAAGAAAAUAAAAUUACAUUUCAAUCUUUCCAAUAUGCAAAUAUCUGCGCGAAAACCAGCGAGAACAGCAUGCUCACACUAAAGAGCCCCCAAACAAUGUGACUCGUAUCCGCGCACAGUGACGUUUCGUGCCUUGCCCGAGUGCCAAAUCCAAAUCCCAAUCCAGACGCACAAAAUCGAUGCAGAUGCUGUCUGCAUUCUCAUAGAAAGUGCAACUGAAUCCCCCAUGGUCGCCAAAAGCCACGAUGCCCAGCAAAAAUGACCAGUGAAUAAACAAUAAAGACUCGAGCAUCAAAAAAUGCAGAGAAACGAAUACAGAAGCAAUAACAAGAAGGUGCUCAACUCGGACCAAAACAAGUACUACAUGCAAACGGUCGAGGAGGCCGAUAUGUAUUGACGUUGUUACAGUGGAGCUGAUUACACAAAAGAUCCUCAGAACGAUUUUAUCCAAGGCACGAACAUGUCCGACGGCGUCAGCAUCUUGCACAUCAAACAGGAGGUGGACACUCCAUCGGCCUCCUGCUUCAGUCCCAGCUCCAAGUCAACGGCCACGCAGAGUGGCACAAACGGCCUGAAAUCCUCGCCCUCGGUUUCGCCGGAAAGGCAGCUCUGCAGCUCGACGACCUCACUUUCCUGCGAUUUGCACAAUGUAUCCUUAAGCAAUGAUGGCGAUAGUUUGAAGGGAAGUGGUACAAGUGGCGGCAAUGGCGGAGGUGGUGGUACGAGUGGUGGAAAUGCGAACAAUGCGAGUGCCGGAACUGGAUCGGGAUCCGUCAGGGACGAGCUUCGUCGAUUGUGUUUGGUUUGUGGCGAUGUGGCCAGUGGAUUCCACUAUGGUGUGGCGAGCUGUGAGGCUUGCAAAGCGUUCUUUAAACGCACCAUCCAAGGCAACAUCGAGUACACGUGUCCGGCAAACAACGAGUGUGAGAUUAACAAGCGGAGACGGAAGGCCUGCCAAGCGUGUCGCUUCCAGAAAUGUCUACUAAUGGGCAUGCUCAAGGAGGGUGUGCGUUUGGAUCGAGUUCGUGGAGGACGGCAAAAGUACCGAAGGAAUCCUGUAUCAAACUCUUACCAGACUAUGCAGCUGCUCUACCAAUCCAACACCACCUCGCUGUGCGAUGUCAAGAUUCUUGAGGUGCUUAAUUCCUAUGAGCCGGAUGCCUUGAGCGUCCAAACGCCGCCACCGCAAGUGCACACGACUAGCAUAACUAAUGAUGAGGCCUCAUCCUCCUCGGGCAGCAUAAAACUGGAGUCCAGCGUUGGAGUUACGCCCAAUGGGACUUGCAUUUUCCAAAACAACAAUAACAAUGAUCCCAAUGAGAUACUAAGCGUCCUUAGUGAUAUUUACGACAAGGAACUGGUCAGCGUCAUUGGCUGGGCCAAGCAGAUACCUGGCUUUAUAGAUCUGCCACUUAACGACCAGAUGAAGCUGCUCCAGGUGUCUUGGGCAGAGAUCCUGACGCUCCAGCUGACCUUCCGGUCUCUGCCGUUCAAUGGCAAGCUCUGCUUCGCCACGGAUGUCUGGAUGGAUGAGCAUUUGGCCAAGGAGUGCGGUUACACGGAGUUCUACUACCACUGUGUCCAGAUUGCACAGCGCAUGGAAAGAAUAUCGCCCCGGAGGGAGGAGUACUACUUGCUAAAGGCGCUCCUGCUGGCCAACUGCGACAUUCUGCUGGAUGAUCAGAGUUCCCUGCGCGCAUUUCGUGAUACGAUUCUCAAUUCUCUAAACGAUGUGGUCUACUUGCUCCGUCAUUCGUCGGCCGUGUCGCAUCAGCAACAAUUGCUGCUCCUGCUGCCUUCGCUGCGGCAGGCGGAUGAUAUCCUGCGAAGAUUUUGGCGUGGAAUCGCACGCGAUGAAGUCAUUACCAUGAAGAAACUGUUCCUCGAGAUGCUCGAGCCGCUGGCCAGGUGAAAAGGAUUAUUCGGGCGCCCAAUCUAGUUGAUCUAGCUGAUAAGCAAAGGUGCAAAUAUAGUCUUAGGUAUAUAUGGAUGUAUACUAGAGUAGAUUAAGCGUAGGAUAAGCCAUGUAUAUAAAUAGUAAAAUACUUGUCGGGUAAGAUUAGUUCGCAGAAAAAAAUCUCUUUUUUAAUGGUCUACCAACUACAGCAACUGGAAAAUCCUACUUAUCUUCUAGAAUCGGGGUGUGCUUACACUGGUUAAAGGCGCAGAUAGGUGUUAUGUGUCUAAAUUUGUGAGUCACAGAUCUUCAUUAAUUUGUUCAAUUCUCACUGGUUGUGAUAUA